AUGGGAUGUCGUUUCAAGCAAUGACUGUGCAAACAGUCACAAGGUUCUGCAGAACUUACAUUCUUGGCGUCGUUACAGCCCGGACAAUAUUCCAACACACCGUUACUGACUGGCGGUGCUGAAUAGGACUGGAGGUAACAAUGGCGUCCAAAGUCCUGUUGGCAACAUUCGUUCUGGUCUACGUGGGAGUGUGCCAAGGUCAUUUCCACCACUGGCAUCUACUGGGCGAUUCAACCAGCGUAGCCCCGGAAACCGUCUGUACUGGAGAGUGCGCUGAGUUCGAGCUGUUGUGCUCGACCCCAGAGUACGACGUGCGGCGGUACAAGAGCGCCCUCUGGGUGUCCACCACCAUGUCGGACCUGUCCCUCUCCCAGGCCAGCGCCAGGGGGCGGAAACGCUUACACGACUACUUCAGGGGUGCAAAUGGCAAACGACUGAAAAUGUCGUACACCGCACCCAUGGUGACACAGACCCGGGUAGCAUCUGAGAGUCCCGUCCGUGAAAUCACCGUGUCUGUGCCUCUUCCCGAGAGGGUGGCAAAGAACCCUCCUAAGCCAACAGAUCCCAGGGUGGUGAUAGAUCUCGUCCCAGAGGCCAUCAUGUACGUGAAGAAGUUCGAAGGACGUUCUGCGAGGGUCGGCUUUGUCGCUGACCUGGAGGCCAAAAACUUCUUCAAGACCCUGAAGGCGAAUGAUGAACCAUUACAUGACAACGAAGGCUAUUACUACGUCGCGCAGUAUAGCAGCUCGGAAAAGUCCAGUGCGCCCAUCCGCACAGAGAUUGCAAUUUUUGCCCUGAACGAGAAGACACACAAGUGGCUGGAGUUCAACGACAGACAGGGACUCCCGAAGUGUAUCCGUGGUAAGGGGGAGCACAUGACGUGGGAGAAGAUGGGCCAGAGCGACAUCCCGCUGGCGUUGUCAACUCGCGAGCAGUGCUCUACGACGUACUGCCAAGCCCCCAAGAAGUGUCCAAAGGUCGAGACAAAGAGUGUGGAGGGUAUUGACGACAAGAGCAUACAGCUGAAGCACAUGAAGGAUAUCAAGGCAUGGGCGUACGUACCACCAACCUGCUACUACGAUACAGCCUUUCCAGCUUCUACGGGUCCACUGCGGGAGUCUCUAAACACAUCAGGUGUCACUCUUUCGGAAGCUGCCAUGACGAUCACAGUUGCCAUGGAGAAAAGGGAGGAGUUGGAUGGGAAGAACAGCUGUCAGAAGUUCUUCAAAGUGUUGCUUGCUACAGGUGGUGGAAAAGGGGGCCUAGAGGACGUACAGAUGAAGGAGGAGGCUGGCUUGCAGAUGCCAAAGACUGCAGAAGCAAUACAUCAGGGGCAUGCGACUAUUGCAGGACACUACUCCAAGUGUUUCGGCGGCAAUGCCUACUACGAACCGAUCAUCAUCACUUCCACGGCUAAGCUCCUCAUGGAACAGCUUAAGGACAAGAAGAAGUGUUUCCUGGGUGACCACAUCAGUGUGCUCGAAUACCAUCCGCAGUCCAGGCUGUUUGACCGUCACAACGAGAUCAACCUUGACGCCGACCCGGACUGCAGUGACCAGAAGGGCCGCCCGCCUUUCACCUUCAAUCUCCCCGUGAGUAAAGACUACAACCGGACUGGAGAGAAGCCGUCGGUGGGCCACCGAUGUGACACUCAAGAGUGCACAAAACACUCAGUCGUCAAGAGGUUGAAGAACAACCUGGACAUGAUCCAGUAUAAACCAGAAAAAUGGAUCUUCGCCAAGGGAGCCUCUGCAUCAUGUAGCGAAGCAAAGGCUUUCGAAAAGGGGUUGAGCUCUCUCUUACUAUAUCUGAAUGGGAAGAAUGAAGACAAGUCAAAGAUUGAAAUGACCAAACCUCUGUAUGGCGCGCUUAACAUUAGCAGGACGGAUCCAUCAAAGUGUGACUGGUUCACCUCCGUGUCCACAUCGGUACCAGAGAACUUAACUGAUGACCCGCCAAAGCCCAUCGACGAUACUGUCGUCGUGCGUCCCGGGGCAAAGAACAGGUUUUUCCUGUCCCUGUACAAGGGAAAGUACGUGCCAGCUAAGCUGAAGCAACACUUGAUGGAAAUGUUUGAGGACCUGGACAGCCUCAAACCAUUCGGAGUGGACUACGACCCUGAAGACAUAUGGCUUGGUACCUAUGACAGCUUAGACAAAGAAGAAAGGCUCUACGAAGUUGCCGUAGCGCGGAAAACGGCUUCCAAAGAUGACAUCAAGAUGUCCGCAGAAGCCAGUGAUGAACAUGAGCGGAAUGAAGACGCUUCAGACGGGAAGGUGGCUCUUCCGAAGCCGGAGGGCUGCAGCGAAUCUGUCUGUCCGACUGUCUACGUCACCAAAAACCAUAGCAACUUCAUGGAGCUGCUGCUUCCAAGUCGUAGAAGCGUGUGCCACAGGACCAAGCUAUGUGGAGAACACCAAUCAUCCGGCAGAAAGCUCCUCAGGCCCAUUCUAGCGUAUCUCAAUGGUGACAACAGCGCCAGCAAGAAGAUCAAGGACUUCGCUGUCCCACUGCUUAAGGUCAGACUCUACUCCGCUGAAGAGGAGGAGAAGGGCAUCUCUCCGUGCGAUCGUGAGUACCAGGCCUGUGUCAGACUGCCUGAUGAGUACAAGGACAUACCGGAGCCAAAUAACAAAGAGGUGAGCAUAUUUACUGGUCCUGGUAGCUUUCACGGAUACGGCAUCGCCGUGAGGGGCCAUGUCUCUAAGGCCGUGGCAUCAGAAGCAACUUCGACCUUGAUGCAGACACUUGACAAGGAAAACGUCCCGUAUGAUAAGACUUGGUUGGCAUAUUUCUCAUACGAUAAGCCCCUCACCAAUCCGGAGGAGAAGAUCACCUACUUCCUCUUCAUCAAGAAGGGCGAGGACAUAGGAGAAGGGCAUGAAGAAGGAGGCUCAAACGAGACAGAGAACUAGAAAUGGACCUGCAGCGGAAAACGAUGAAAGGACCACAGACUUACAGAUAUCCCUGUAAAAAGAGAAAUCACAAUAAUACAGACACUGAUAGGCGUCGACACUGACAUCUUUGAACUUUGCUUACAAUGCCAUAACUCAUACCUAGUACACCCUAGUCAAACGAUGACUCGGCCAAUCAUUCUGCAUGAAUGUUCUUUCUAAUAAAACGUUGAGAAUUCACUGCAAUAUCAAAA